AGAGAGAGGAGAGGAAGAGUCUUCCAGAAUUCAGCAGUUGAGGAGCGACUCUGGCAGCCGUGGCGGCCGCCUCUCACCCUCCCACGUCCCGCUUUCACUAACCAACAGAGCGUUGCUGAUGCACCCAGCCGCUAUCACUCCCCGUUCCCAAGCUAAUUUUCCCAUUGGGGCUUCCCUGUCAACAUUAUCUCGCAUCCGAAAACAACUCGCACACUCUGGAAUUCUUAAUAAGCCCCCGAGUAGUAGGCUACUUUUACUCUCCGUUUCUGAAUGACGGGUGGUCGAUUCGACUUUGACGAUGGAGGCACCUACUGUGGAGGCUGGGAGGACGGCAAAGCCCACGGGCACGGUGUGUGCACCGGACCCAAGGGCCAGGGCGAGUAUUCGGGCUCGUGGUCCAACGGUUUCGAGGUGGUCGGCGUCUACACCUGGCCCAGCGGUAAUGUGUACCAGGGCUACUGGGCACAAGGGAAACGCCACGGACUCGGCGUAGAAACGAAGGGUAGGUGGAUUUACCGGGGAGAGUGGACUCACGGAUUCAAGGGCCGGUACGGAGUUCGACAGAGCCUGAACACACCGGCCAGGUACGAGGGCACCUGGAGUAACGGGUUGCAGGAUGGAUAUGGCGUGGAGACGUACGGUGAUGGAGGUACUUUCCAGGGUCAGUGGACUGGUGGGAUGCGUCAUGGCUAUGGCGUACGUCAAAGUGUUCCAUAUGGUAUGGCCUCUGUCAUCCGCUCACCUCUACGAACCUCGCUGGCUUCCCUUCGCAGUGAGCAGAGUAAUGGUACAGUACUGCGUGACAGCCUUUCUGACAGCCCUGCUGGCACACGUGGUGGCUUUGUACUCAACUUCCACUCAGACGGAGAAGGUUUAGAGAAGAAGAAAGGUCUUUUUCGCCGUGGCUCGCUCUUCGGUAGCCUUCAGCGACUACGCAAAUCAGACUCACGUUCAUCAAUUUCCAGUAAACGCAGCUCAGCACACAGUGACACCACCAUGAGCCGCAUCAGUUCAAGUGACGCCAAUUCAACAAUCAGCUUUGGAGACGGAGACCCAGGUGAUGACUACCUGCCACUGGAGGACAAUGUGGAUGCCACCACCACUGAGUCCUACAUGGGCGAGUGGAAGAAUGACAAGCGCAGUGGCUUUGGUGUCUCCGAGCGCUCCAACGGCAUGAAGUACGAAGGCGAGUGGUUGAACAAUAAGCGCCAUGGCUAUGGCUGCACCCUCUUUCCUGAUGGCACCAAGGAAGAAGGAAAGUACAAGAACAACGUGCUGGUGCGGGGCAUCAGGAAGCAGCUGAUCCCACUGAAGAACACCAAGACCAAACAGAAGGUGGGUCGAGCCAUCGAGGGUGCAGUGAGAGCAGCAGCCAUCGCCAGAACCAAAGUGGAGAUAGCCAUCUCCAGGACGUCCCAUGCCCGAGCCAAAGCAGAGGCUGCAGACCUGGCUGCACAGUCAGCCAGUCAGGAUUCAGAUAUUGCCAGAGCUGUGGCCAGAGAGCUCUCCCCAACCUUCCAUCAGCCAGGCCCUGACUACAUACGGCAGAAGUAUAAUGAGCCAGUAGAGAUGAAAGAAGUUCCUGUGGAAGAGAAAAAGGAGAAAUCUCCAUCAGGGAGCCCUCAUUUCUACCGGAAAGGCACAACACCAACCCAGUCUCCAUCUCAGAGCCCAGGUCCCAGCCCCACUCCUUCACCCACUGCUUCUAAAAAUACCUUUUUCAGCAGUAAAACUCCUGCCACUCUUGCUACUGCAAGGAAAGAGAACAGAACCCCAACAGCUGAGUCUUUGACAGCAGGCAUAACAAAGGCAGCAUCAAAACUUUCUCUCAAACAGGAACUGAGACAACAGGAAGCUCUUCCAGCAGUCAAACCAGCUGUUACCACAACAGUCAGCAGUUACCCCAGCAAUGGGCAGAUUCACUCCCAGUACCACGGUUAUUAUGUAAAGGCAGACACCAAGAUUCCACCACCGGAAGAACCAAUUGGUGUGGAGGACGACCUUCACCCAUCAAGCCUUGCACGCCUGCCGCCACCUGCCAAACAGAUUUGGGUGCCAGCACCAAAAUUCCUGCCAGCUCCUAGCCCAUCACCAGUUCUACCAAAAGAGAGCACCAAAGCACCAGAGCCUCCCAAGCCAAAACGACAGGACAACCAAACAACAACCAAACCAAAGAGCCUCACUGAAACCAAGAAAGUUAGUGUGGAAAUAGCUUCUGAAAUUGUAGAAGAGAAGUCGGGCCCUAACUCUAUCUUGGUGGCUCUAGUAAUGCUGUUGAACGUAGGUCUAGCAAUCAUUUUUGUGCAUUUCCUCACCUGACCAAAUCUCAACUCAGUGGACUCAUCUGAACUAGUCGCCUGAGUUGUUUACUCUCCAUCAGCCCAAGGGGCCUUUUUUUUAAAAUGGCGCCAGUCAGAACAACAGACACAGGCAAAACAGAGGACUAAAAAUAGACGAGUGAAGGAGGUGAAGAAGAAGGAGGGGAAAAACACAUGGAGGAGAGAGCGAAGAAAAAGAGCAGAGAGCGAGAAAGAUGAAACCUCCACCCACCCCCUCACCCCCAGUGAUGAUUUGUGACUCCACUCAGAGUGCAGUGACAGCUGAAGCAAGUGGUCACUGGUUGGAAAGGGGCUCCUGAGCCCUUCUAUCAGGGUUAGAAAUAACAGUAGGCAUGAAGAGUUCAAUGAAUGUGAGUGAGUGUGAGACCUAUACUGCCUAUAAAUGCCUGUAAUGUGUGUGCUUGUCUGUCUGAAACACAAUUUCCAUCCCACUGCUCACAAAAUUAGGAAAUUUUUAAAAGCUGUACAUCAACAAGCUGAUUAGUUUGUUUUCUAAAUGAUCCAUUAGGAGAUUGGACAGCUCUUUACGGUGUUGAUUAGUAUUGGAAAAGUAAUUAUUGCUCUUCAGUUCAACUUUCAAUGUUGCUCAUAAGCCAUGCUUUCAUGAACUUUAACUACCAUCAAACAGGCCAAUUCAGUGUGCCCAAAUGUGCAAAGCACAUAAGCACACUGUUUAUUCUUUUACAUACAAUCCCGAAAAAGAAAUUUUCUAGUUACAAUAUUUAGAACACUUUUGCAGGCUGUGGCAUUUAUGAAAGUCCAUUUUCAACUGUACACUUAAAUUUAACUGUUAACUGUCAGCCACGCCAAGCCUUUAUUUUUAAUUUUAUCAAUGCAUUUCCUGCUACCAUCUGCUUUAUAAAGUUCUUACAAUGGCAGGGAACCGUUGCUAAUUUUAGCUUUACUCAAUUUUUCUCGUAAUUCCACACAAACAAAACUUUGGAUGGAAACCAAUUUUGUGCAUAUAUCAGUGUAUUUUACACAUAUUUUUAGUUCUGCUGUUUGUGCAUGAGUGUGAGUGUGUGUAUACGUAGGUGGGUUGUGGACUGUUCGGAGGUGCACUUUGAGCUGAUGGAAGCCAACAGCUGCCUUACCGUUUUACAGAAUGACGUGGUGGUGGGUGAGAAGGGCCCAGGCAGGAAUGUGAACCGCUUGGCUGAUUCUCCCUCUGCCAUGUACUGGGAGAGUGGCUCUAUUUAUAUCAGUCUGUCUAUUGAUCUUUUCAUAUCUGUUUUCGUGGGUCUCAGCGCCUGCUGAUUUAUAUAUACCAUCAGGUACACAUUAGACAAUCAGUGGAUUAGAUUCCCAAAUGAAAUGAUUAAGUUACAUUUGGAAAACUGAACCUCCGCUUCAUUUUACAAGGGUCACUGCAAUUUUGCAAACAGUAUUAUUCCAUAGUGCAUUUCCUUUUUUUUUUUUUUGUAAAUUCCUUCCAAUCACUGCUUGUACCACCUUUACCGUUACUUAGUACUGAACAAUGUAUGUUGUUUUUUUUGUUCUUUUCAAGUAUGGAGUAUGAUAACUGUUUACUAGUUUGUAUGUAAAAGAGUUAUUUAAAAUCCAGAGUAUGGGGAGGAUCAAUUGGCAGAAAUGUCAUAUAAUAUUCAAUUCAAUUCAAUUCAAUUCAAUUUUAUUUGUAUAGCGCCAAUUCAUAACAGAAGUUAUCUCAGGACACUUUUCAAAUAGAGCAGGUCUAGACCGAACUCCUUAUAACAUUUACAGAGACCCAACAGUACCACCAUGAGCAAGCACUUGGCCACGGGGGCAAGGAAAAACUGCCGGUUAAGAGGCAGAAACCUAGGACAGACCCUUCGGCUCUAGAUGGGUGGUCGUCUGCCUCGACCACUGUUCACUGUUUUCAUUACCUGGAACGAGCGUUUUUUAUCUACAGAGGGAGUGGGUCCUCUUCUACAGAGUCUGCAAUGUUGAACCCUCAUGUUUCUACAGAAGCCCAGAACAGACAAAUCAAACACUGGCUCUAGAUAGGCUUCCUGCGAGUUUCGUGGCCACCGUAUGUUUUCCUACAUGCUUAGAAGGUGAGUGGUUUUUAGUUGGUCUCAGUCUGCAGUUUCACCACUUGAUGCAGCUGAAUCCUACACACUGGUUCUAUAAUUGAUAGAUGAAACUAAGCACAAUUUAGUACAUUUAGUUUUACCUCAGUUUCAAGUUAUUGAAUAUUUACAAUAUCAAACUAGGAGUUAGCUAGACUCACAGAGGCAGAUUUUUUUUUUAUUGUGCAGUUGGGUUUAAAGGUGGCUUUAUAGGUCCAGUGUGUAACUGCCAUGUUUCUACAGUAGCCCAGAACAGAUUUCUCAAACAAUUGCUCCUUGUUAGGGCCUUUCACAUUUGUCGCAAGUUUCAUGGCCACUUUAGUUUCUUCUACACACUUCACAGCCCAUUCUCAUUCCCAAUUACUGACAGGAGCAGUGUUGAGUUGUUUCCAAUUUGCAACUUCACCACUAGAUGCCAUUCAAUCAUACACACUGGUCCUUUAAUUUCAAAUUUGUAUGACUUGAAUUUCUCAAAUUCAUAAUUUCAGUCCCAUGGUGAAACAUCAGCAGUGAAUUGGAAGGAAAUGUUUGGAAUUGGGGCUGUAUAGUAAAAUUGAAGUGUAUUUUCAAUCAGAAGAUCUGAAUUCUUAGUAGGAAUACUGUGUGGAUGUGAGUAAAGUCAGUAACUGCUGUGAAGGCAUUUCACAAGCAUUGCAGUGCACUGUAGAUGCACACAGUAGAGUGGAAUGCAGUGGCAGUUGGAUGACAGUCACAAUUGAAUUUUACAAAAUCACUGUUAAAUGCCUGGAUUGAAAGCUACCAGAUCUGACCUGGUUCACCUCACUGUGAAUGUCUGUGGCGUUGAUCAACUAAACCAAAAUAAGAAAAUUACAUCUUCAAAUUUCUAGUCUGCUUUGGUCUGAUUCAAGAGUAGUUGAUACUUGGUACAAGAUGCUCCCCCUCUAUAUGAUAUACAUAAAAUGGGAAGUUAGCUGUGUUCUGAUCAGGUAGUUCUGCUUUAUUCUUCCUGAUGGCCACAGAAUAUUGAAAUCCAUACAUAAUGUCUACGGCAGUCAAGUAUUUAUAGAAUCAUGUGUAACUCUUGGAAUUGUAAUAUAAGGAGAGAUCAAGAGUAAGUAGUUGUAGGUUUGCAGUUAUGCAAAAGCAGAGCAUAGAUAGACCAGCUGUAUUUGUUGAACAGUGCUGUAGUUAAUGGAGCAAAUAUUAUAGGAAAGCAAAUGUAAUAUGUUGUCUGUGAAACUUUAAAUAAAUUAAUGUUAGCAGGGCCGUAAUAAGUCAUUUUUCAAAAUAUUUGAAGGGGGUAUGUUCAAGGUAAAACGUGAUGUUAAAGGUUCAGUUUGUGGGAUUUAGUGGCAUCUAGCAAAUUUGAAAACUGUGCAGCCUGUGUAGGAGAAACUUGCAAAAAAAACUCUAAAGUCCCUAUCUAGAGCCGGUGUUUGGAUUGUUUGUUGGAGAAACAUGGUGGCCCAGAAGAGGAUCUGUUACCACUGUAGAUAAAGGUAACGAAAAACACAUCAGUUGUUAUUUUCAGGUGAUUAUACACUAAUCAAAACAUACGAUCCUCCUAAAUGUUUCACACUGGACCUUUAAAGUGGAAUCCUGAAUGUGUGCUACACUGCACAAUGACAGACACUUGUGAAAUGUACCAGUGUACGAAAACAUGUGAUCCAUGUACAAAACGACUUACUGGUAAUUUUUUUUGUUUUGUUUUGUUUAAAAUAUAAAAUUUAAAGCAUACAACAUUUUUGAAUAUGCAACACAUUUAGUUGCAACUAUGUAAUUGUACUGAGAAUUUCAGUCUGAGAAAAGUAUUGUGUUGUUUUUUUUCUCUCUUCUGCUUAGAGCUGAUGUUUAGAUCUACUUUUGCUGGAGGGCUUUUAAGUUUAGUUUUAAGCACACAAGAUUGUGUGUGUUUCUGGCCACUCUGGAAAAGACUGUACAAUUUUAGUUUGUAUAUUUAUAUUUAUUUUUGCUGUUAUUGCUAUUGCCAUUGCCAAAUUAUUAUAUAAAACAAUGAUAAUACAGACCAUCGAAGGAAUCCUCUAUGAGUGACAAUCAAUAGGUAUUUUACCUUCCCAGCAUAUAUAUUACAAAACACAGAGCUAUAAUGCCAAAUAUACAUAAUUUAUUUAUUCAUAUUUGAAUGUGAAAACUUGCAUUUUGCAGCUUUAAGCAAAAAAAUAAUGGUUUGCUGAUUAAGCUGAGUAAUUAUAUUAUUUGCCAGGAAUUACCAGUCUAUUUUCUACUGUUUAUGUAUUAUUAACAUGGAUUUUGUCAGAGACAUUCUAAUAGUUGCUCAAUAUGAUGGCAUGGUUCUGGGUAACAGUGGCCUCAUGAUUCAUUUUCAGUCAUUGUUCAAUAAUUUGUAUUACUAAAGCAAUCCAAAAUUACUGCAUGUGAAUGUUUCUACAUGAAAUAAUUAGGGAAUCACAGUCAUGUGAAAUAAAGCAUUACUGUGAAAAAAAUAACACACUGUAAAAGCAGAGUGCAAGCUUAGCUUCCAUUUUGUGUUUCCUAACUGCAUUUUUCAACAACUUUGGAAAAAGCAAUUUUAUUAAGAUCAAUGAUUUAUGAGGAACAUUUUUCAGAUGUUUUUAAUUGAUGUGUGAAUGGUGGUUUCAAAAUUGAGUAUUUGUCGUUUGAAAUUAGUCACCACUAAUAUGAAUGAUGCCAUGAUGAAUAUGUUUGUAUUUGGAUGAAAGGUUUAGAGAGUUAUAUUUGAACUCUUAAUUAAGUUUACGUUAGGAGAAGAAAAAGCAUUGUCUUAAAUAUAUUUCUACCCUGAUUGCCAGAUUUAGUGUAUUUUUGUUAUAAUAUGAUUGUGGUGCCUAUUUUAGCAUGCAGAUAUUGGCAAAUUUUGGAGUAAAAUGUUAUUAGUAUAGUGUGUGUACUAGUCACAUUAGUUGUGAGUAACUGUUGACAGUUUGAAAUGGAAUGCAGAAGUUAAAGCAAUAAUUUAAUUAUUUAAGAUAAUUUAAUAAAAAUUUCCCAUUUGUUUUUAGGAUCUUAAGAAACAUCACUGACAUGUGUCUUCUUCAUUCCGUCACUGGGAAUUUAGUGCUGUCCACUGUCUGCAGGGAAAUAAUUUCUUCUUUCUUUCUUGUUAGACUACAACACAUAUGAACAGCAUCUUCAGCAGAAAAAUCCAAUUAUUAGCUGUAAACUACAUAGGAACAACAUAGCUAGUAGUUAACAGAAAACACUAUCACCAAGAUUAACUUAACACUGAACAAAAAACGGAAAAUCAGAUACUGUAUAUAGCAUUCUGGCAGUCAUUCCAGUGUGUCCAAAUUUAAAUGGGGUGUUCUUUAAAGGUCCAGUGUGUAUAAUUUAGGGGCUCUAUUUGCAGAAUAUGGCAGAAAUUGAAUAUAAUAUUGACAACUAUGUUUUUAUUACUGUAUAAUGAUGCAAUAGUAAUAACUGUUUUUGUUACUUUAGAAUGAGCCUUUUACAUCUAGAGACACCAUAGGUCCUCUUCCACAGAGUUUGCCAUGUUGAACCACCAUGUUUCUACAGUAGCCCAGAAUGGUUAAACCAAACACUCACUCUAGAUAGGGCCUUUCACUUUAUUUUAGGCAUUUCACAACCACGGUAGGUUCUCCUACAUGCAAGGAAGUAGUGGGUAAGACAGCGAGUUGCAAUCAGCAACUACACCACUAUUUGCCACUAAAUCCCACACACUGGUCUUUUAAGGCGGGGUGAGCCCUCUACCUAUAUGAAUAGCAUAUUAGUUGGGGUCUUGAAUAUCAUGUGACACCUGACAUAUUCUCAAUGCACAGACUUCUGUCUUCAUGUAACUGAAAAAGUGGCGUAUUAGAGCUUUUUGCAAAUUAGGAUUUCCUUUUUUUUUUCCUAGCAUGAAGGUUUGAGAAUUUACAGCUGACAGCUUUUUUUUAAAGCUGGGCACCAGUUUGGAGUAACUUACAACCAGUAAGUGACCUUUCAAAAAAUGUAUGAAAUGAAAAGCCAUUAGGUAGGAAGUAGCCUAUGGAUAAUACUAAUCAAGUGCGUAUUUAAGUAGUUGUAAUAUAGAGGAAACUUUAUUUUAUUUUUCUUUAUAUAUAUAUAUAUAUAUAUAUAUAUAUCCUUUAUUUUAAAAGGGAUUAAAGUACAUGGAGGUAACAGCUUUUUAGAUAAGAUGCAGACUGGAUGAAUAGAGGCAGGGUUUGGUAGCAGACCUUGGGGUGAUUUGUUGGAAUAUUUUUUACUUGAAUUUGUUGUCACUGUUGUGGAAGACGAGCAGAGUGAACAGUGACGAUGUAGGCUUGAAUGCCUGAUUGUUAUCAGCACUCAAAUGUCUGCAGUUGUGUGCCUGUUAGGAAACACAUACUGUACAUAAAGUAGUAGGAGGUGAUGCUUCGUCUGGUUGAAAUUACAACUCCAGAUAUGACCACUGUUAUGUGACCGCAAACAUGAAUGGUGCUGUGCUAUUGUAACUGGUAGAGGAUUGCUUGGGCUUACAGAUAUUGUAUUACUGUAGGUGAAAUGAAUGAGUCAACAUUGUGUUUUUAAAGCACAUAGCUCAUAUGCAUAGGGUAUGAAAGUCUGAUCUCAAAAUUUAUUUUUAUUUUAUUUAUUUUACCUUUAUUUAACCAGAUAAGUCAAUUGAGAACCAAUUUUCAUUUAUAAUGACAUCCUGGCCAAGAGGCAGCAACAGGAGACAAGAUAAUACAACAAUUAAAACAGAUACAUACACCUAGUGCAAGUCAAUAUAGCAGCAUACACAAUAUAUACAACAACAGAGAUCUAUGAACUUUGUUCCAGAAAAAUGAAAUUCAAAAGCAGGUACAGUGAUCAGAAACUGUUGCUUGUAAUGAGUUAGUAAAUGAAUGGAGGUGUGUAGUUUUACCAUCUUUUGUAACUCAUUGCAGUCACUCGGAGCAGCAAACUGGAAUUAGCGACAGCCAAAGGAGGUACAGAGUAACCCUACUGAUAAACUACAAAACUACAUUAGACCCACUCUCCAGCAAAUGAAUAACAUAUCUCACAACAUUACAUAGUUCUUCCUGUAUCAUUUAAAUGUGCAGUAUGUAAUAUAUGCUGCCAGGGGUCUCUAACAUCACAACAAUAAUAAAAUACGUAUGGCAGUUGUUGUCUUUAAUGUUAAACAACCACCAUUACUGAUGAAAAAUCAGGCAGAAAUCAUGUUCAUGGACAAGGUGUAAUAAAGUUUUAUUCUCUCUCACUCUCUGACGUAUCCAACAUAACCAUAUCAAUAUAUUCAAGGCCUACUAAAACCAGUAUUUUGUGGCAAAAUUAAAUGAUUUCAGAUGAUUUGCUGCAAUCAAUGCAUUCACUUCAUUAGGCCUUCAUUGGUGUAGUUGAUCAUGCAACAUGCCCUAAGAAAGGUGUAUGGUGGGCACAAACAUGUACCUCAUAAUGCUUGACUUUUGCUGGAGUGUGGGUGUUGUUCAGGUUUAAGCAAGAAAAUAUUAAGAUCCUGCUUUACUCAGGUUUUAGAGAAGAAAUAUGGUUGUUGUUCGAGAAAGAGGUCAUUUGAGUAGCAAAGAGAAAGGAUUCAAAAAGCAGUGAUCUGAUAUUUGUUUGAUAAAAUGUUUUUGAGGAUAACAGGGAAGGUUGGAGAAGGUUUCUGUGGGCUAAAUUAUAAUUGGCACCAAAUGAAUCCUGGGUCAUUAAUUUCAUGAGACCAGUUUGUCUGGAACUAGGAUUCAGAACACUGCAGGUGAAAUAGGUGCUGACAUUGUUUUUAUUGACAAAACAAACUGGAGCCUUCAAUGUAUGUAUUUGUAUGGAACGUGCGGAAUGUUAAAACUUUUGUACAGCAGGCCUAUAGUGUAUACUAAUCCUACCUAUUGUGCUAUUAAUGUUUCCCCCCAACAGGACAAUCUUUUAUGACUGAUAUCUGAAAUAAUUAUUUUUUUUAUUUCUCUUUCUGUAUAAAAUUUCAACAUCACUAUAUAUUGUGUAUUGGUUUUAAGAAAUUUUGAGAGGUUUUUUUGAAAACUUCAUGACUAUAUUCUGAAUAUUUGGCUUGACUGCUAAAUGCAACUAUCAUCUUGACCUUUGUUGGUGAUACGGUGCACAUAUUAUCAGUUAUUUUACAUUACAAUGUUGUUGUUUUUUUGUUUUUCUUGGCAGUUGUUUCUAUGGAGAUAAAUUAAAAAGUGGAUUUACAUUUA